AAGCAGCAGCACCAGUAGCAGGAAUAAAAAAUCGACUGUCUUUUUCUUGACGAUUGCUCGGUCGUACGGUUAAAUCCGGAUUUCAUGUAAAAAUCCGGAGUACGCGAUGCGUUCUCGGUUUUAAUCAAGCAGUUUAUUGGUACCGUAGUGUUGCUCCUGAAGCGGAAACUACCUGUGUGUGACCCGGUGACUGGGUGAUAUGGUGAAAGUGAGAAACUCCGGUUAGAAGCAGAUAAUUUUCGAUUUGCGGAACGUGGCCAACUCCGACUGCGAGUAGAAGUAAUUAUCUUACGUUUAUACCUAGUAAUUCGGAUGAGCAAAAUCAUAGUGGUGAAUUGACAGAUUAGAUAGUAAAACUGUUAAAGUUGUUGGUGAAUUGUCAUCUUUUUGAAAUCUGACUGGUGAUGCAAUUAUGGACAAUUUGAGCAUUACUGGAGCCAUUAGUUUCUGGAUAUUAGCCGUGCGAACAACUGGCAAAGGUUAGCUUCGGCAUAAAACGAAGAUAUUCGUCGCAGUCAUUCUGUCGCGCAGCUCGCAGCUCCCACACAACUCUUCUUCGAUGAUCAUCGGCAUGGCUAUGGCUUAGAUGUGCCACACCGGGAAAAUCAGCGGCAAUAAUACGAACGUCACCAUUACGUCACCACCGAAGCGGAAAGCACGCGCUAAUCGAAGCUGGCGCGUCGUACACAAGCGCAAAAUCACGACCAAUCGCCGACUGCCGAUCGAAACGGCCAGGACGGACGGACCGGCGGAGAACACGCAACUCUGUCCGUGGACUACUGUUCGUCAAGUUCAAGCGUAAUGGACCGCCGAAAAUUAAUUCUUUUGGCGUGAUUUGCUUGAAUUGCUCGCCAAACAUCAGGUGCACGUGUGCGUGAUGUGCGUUUAUUUGUACACGAUUUGACGCAUCCUUGUUGUGUUUGCCAUGGGUGGCAUGUCUGAUGUCGUUUCUUGGUAUACGAAAAAAAAGUAGUGAUAAGCAAGUGCAUUAGGUUGGUGGGCAAAAAUGGAUCGCUCAGUUGGAAUGCGAAAAGUAAUACCAGCACUCAGAAGUGAAUAGAAAAGGCAGCCUUCUAUCGUCCCAUAGUGUUGAAGUUGUGUUGAAAAGCCACAUGAGAUUAAUAUUGCUUCAUUUCAGUAACUGUGUGGGAAAAAAUAAAUAGUUGCAUAAUUCAGUGUCGAAGUUAGAAAGGUUCUAUUUCAAAGUAUAGUGUGAGUGAAACCGGCAAAAAAAAUUAAGAAUAACGUCACAGCCCUGUGUAGAUGCGAGAGUGUAAGUGAUAACAGAAAAAUCGGCAUUAUUGUAAAUAAUCUAGGAAGAAAAUAUUGAUUAAGGAAGCGCACUCCGGUACGCUCAGUACAGCACGCCGUAUUGAAAAAUCACCGCUACGUUUUCUAAUCGGAAAAAGGCACCCGCGUGCAAGAAUCCAAAAAACACACACGGCCGCUGUGUGCGUGCGCGUGUGUGUGCGUGUGGGUGCUUGUGUCCUUGUGCGGGUCUGUGAAUGUGUGUAUGUGUGUAAGUGAAACAGAUUUCGAACCAUAGUCGUCGAUAUCAACACUUUGGUUAGGAUUCAAUCGUACUGUGUUCCCGACGGCAGCACUCAUCAUCCAGCAGCAACCAUAACCUCGAUCCCCACCAUUUACCAGCUCAGCUUCCGUGAGUUAAAAGACAAACAACACGAACCGCGAAGCAGAGAUUACAGCAAAACGUGCAAAAAUGUCGUCCGGAACAUUCGUCGAUCGGAUCGAUCCGUUCGCCAAACGUUCGCUCAAAAAGAAGGGUAAAAAAUCUCAGGGUUCAUCGCGGUACAGGAGUUCACAGGAUGUAGAACUUCAGCAGCUGCCGUCACUAAAAGUGGACUGCUCCAGCUUAGAGCAGGAGGAGCUGUUCAUCCGGAAGCUGCGACAGUGCUGUGUUUCGUUUGACUUCAUGGACCCGCUGUCGGAUCUCAAGGGCAAGGAAAUCAAGCGGGCAGCACUGAACGACUUGUCGGCGUACAUCACACACGGCCGCGGUGUGCUGACGGAGAACGUUUACCCGGAGAUUAUCAAAAUGAUAUCAGUGAAUCUAUUCCGAACACUCCCGCCUAGUGAAAACCCGGACUUCGAUCCGGAAGAGGACGACCCGACGCUCGAAGCGUCCUGGCCCCAUCUGCAGCUUGUGUACGAGGUGUUUCUACGCUUCCUAGAGUCAGCCGACUUCCAAGCGACGUUCGGCAAGAAGGUGAUCGACCAGAAGUUUGUCCUGCAGCUCCUAGAGCUGUUUGACUCCGAGGAUCCGCGGGAACGUGAUUUUUUGAAGACCGUAUUGCAUCGUAUAUAUGGCAAAUUUCUAGGAUUACGUGCUUUUAUUCGUAAGCAAAUCAAUAACAUAUUUCUACGUUUUAUAUACGAAACGGAACAUUUCAACGGAGUCGGCGAAUUACUGGAAAUAUUGGGAAGUAUAAUCAACGGUUUCGCCUUGCCGCUCAAAGCGGAACACAAGCAGUUUCUGGUAAAGGUUCUGCUGCCGCUGCACAAGGUGAAAGUGUUAUCGCUGUACCACGCCCAGCUCGCGUACUGUGUGGUUCAGUUCCUGGAGAAGGACGCCUCGCUGACGGAGCCAGUGGUGCGCGGGCUGCUCAAGUUCUGGCCAAAGACGUGCUCCCAGAAGGAGGUGAUGUUCCUCGGUGAGAUCGAGGAGAUACUGGACGUUAUCGAACCGCCACAGUUCGUUAAGAUUCAGGAACCGCUGUUCCGGCAGAUCGCCAAGUGUGUCUCGAGUCCACAUUUUCAGGUGGCCGAACGAGCACUGUACUUCUGGAACAAUGAAUACGCUAUGUCGCUGAUCGAAGACAACAAUGCCGUUAUCAUGCCGAUCAUGUUUCCGGCCCUCUACCGGAUUAGCAAAGAGCAUUGGAACCAGACGAUCGUUGCUCUUGUCUAUAAUGUGCUAAAAACGUUCAUGGAGAUGAAUUCGAAACUGUUCGACGAGCUAACCGCCAGCUACAAAGCAGAGCGGCAGAAAGAAAAGAAACGGGAACGGGAACGGGAAGAACUCUGGAAGCGGCUUCACGAACUGGAGAGCGCUCGUCGACCGGAUGCACCCGGCAGUGGCCCCGGGGGCCUGAUAGUUGACGGAACUGGCAAUUCGCUGACAGCCGGUGGCGGUUCGGCCUCGCAGUUGACACCCAACGCGCUAUCAUCCGCCACCUCCACAUCGUCGUCCUCGUCGCCGUCGUCGGUUACAUCUGCUAGCAAUCUAGCUGGGCUUGGUGGAGCCUCGUCGCAAGCACCACCUCCCGGUUUGGUUACCAGUCAUCAAGCAGGUACUGCAUCAUCAUCCACCACAUCUCCCAAUGCCGCCACCAACAAUGCCGCUACUGCGCCAUUAAGCAAGUGAUGUACUGAAUAAUACUACUUUUAAAUUCAUCUUCCUUUUGUCGCAUCCGCCCUUUAGAAUCCUACCAUUGGGAGACCCGCCCGUAUCCCAUCAGUAUCAAGCAUCCCGAAAUUUUUUUCCUAUGCAUCUUCACACUCACUCUCAAACACUCAUCUGCUCACAAAUCUGUUUUCGAGUACGAAACACUCACAAACACAUACUUACAUUCAGUUGAUAAAAAUAUUAUCAGCUCGCAUUGAUUCCGCUAGGAACCCAAACAAUACAACCCUUCGCUUCCGGUGGGCAUACAGGCAAAACGAGCAUAGGGUUUGCAAAGUCAUCUACAACAUCAUCCUUAGUAAAAAAAUAAGAAAAUGUUGUUAUAAGAUAUAUGAAAGGAAGAAACAAAUAUUCAGCUGUAUGCUAACGAAAAAAAACAUGAAUACAAUCCUUUUAUAGAGAAAGAGCGAAAACUAGAAGCAAAGUGUGUAACAACCAAACAAAACAUGGUAUGGGUAAUUCAAAAUGUAUAAAUUUAUUGAACAAGCAACUUACCUGCUGCUAAUACUGUCGUGAUGAUGAUAAAAUAGAAAAAGCAGAACAUGUGGAAAAUUAUUCUUUUUUAACACAUCCACGCCACACCAUCAAUAAUCGAAUGCUAUAAUAAGCCCGCGCCGAAAUUAGUCCAAAAUAACAUCUAGCAGCAGCAUUGAGCUUAGAGCGCUCUUCGGAGGUGCAACCAUCUCUUUCCUCUCUCUCACUCACACACACACACCUACACGUUUACACUAACAAACACACAUACACACACAUACGAACAGAGUACGAACCCAACACAUUACGAUAGGUAACCCAAGUGUCAACGUAAUUAACGAAAGAAAAUAACAAUUUUAGCCUACAUCAACCACCAAAAUAGAGAACAAUUUAAUAGUUAAGGGUUAAAAUUCUCACAUACUGUCAAAAUUUAUAUCUGCCCGCAAACAAAACUUGAACCAGAUCAUCAGGUGUUAACUGUUCGACUGUUUGGAGUUUUCGUUGCAUGUUGCUGUGUUCUCAACAGUACCUACUUCAGCUCUUUUAGGAGACGGGAUUACGUCAUUACGUCAAACGUGACCGGAAGCGUAGACAAUAGGUAAAAAAACUUAUUUCACGUUUCUCACGUUUCGGCUUAAUGCUUUCAUUAUAAUCCUUCUGGUUUGCGCUAAGUAAUUUGAUCUUUUAGUUCAUUAUGGUACUUUGUGUUUCCGUUUGUGAUGAGCUGUCAUCCUCAAUUUUAUUCCAGAUUCAAUCGAAUCUGCUGCCUUUUUCACUUUGCUGAUUUGUUCGACCGAAAAACCGGUUUGGUGUAAUCAAAAAUAAGGGUGCCUAGUUUGCAGCUUAUAAAACCGGUGAAAUAUAAAACCGAUGAAUUUAAAUUAUCGAAUAUAUGAUAUUGUUUGAUGAUUCGAAUUCGGAUGUUCAGGAGCUGAUUUUCGAGGUCAUACAAGUCUUGCAUACCGGCAGACCACGUGCUACUACCCAAUGCUUUCCAUACAUUAUGUUGUAGAGAUUUUGAUGUUUCAAGAUUGUUAUAAUAAUACUUCCGAAAUAUCUUCUGUAUUUUUUAUUUUCAAUAAUCACACAAAUUAUGCUACGGAUAUGUAGUACGGGUAACAUAGAGCGUGUGUCACUAAAAAAUGCGAUCUUUAGGUAAUGGGAACCAUUGCCUCGUUUUAAAUACUAAAUAAGAUAGCAAAUGACGUCUGUAUUUACUAGUAUUUGGGAAUGAGCGCAAUCUUAACCUUUGUACACAAUCGUUUCGUUAAUAUUUCUGGCAUUUUUCGUUGCUUAGUUUUCUUGGUUGUAGACGUAGAACAAAUUUGUAAACUAAACCAAAAUAAUCACGCCUCAUCCUCUCAUACUCGUACAUCUUCAUAUUAAUUACCAAACAUCAUAAACAAAUCUGAUCCAUAGCCAAAAAGCAAAUAAGUGCGUUGAUAUGCCGCAUCUAAAAUAACCCACUACUAGGACUAAAAACUAAGCUAAAUUUAGAAACAAAAAGUGCUAAGAAAUAACCGGGAAACUAGCAGCGAGAGGAGUGCACACAAAAAUAACAGUUAUGAUAAAGACGCCGAUUGUAAAACAGAACACCUUCAUUCACCCAACUUCGAGAAAAGUUAGUAAAACAAAACAAAAAAAAAUCGAUAAAUCGGACGUAAAAGUUUCACACUGACAAAAUAAACAUAAAAUUUAUAAACGAGUGCGGAAAAUAUAAUAAUUUUGACAGAAAUCACGCAAACUUACAUUCACUUGAUUCGUUCAUAUGCAUGCUAAGACACUAAAAAAUACAUAUUCCAAGUGGUGAGAAAAAUUCAUCGUAUUAUACAAGUGGGCAGAAGAGAAGAAAACAAAUGAAAACAAGAAAAAUUGAACUAGCGGAGACAAACACAACACACCCACUUACAGAAAAAAAUAUAUUUGUUGUAGUUAUACUGAAAUAAAAUCAUUAUUGCUAUACACGGUAAACAAAAGUAAGAGAAUUUGUUGGCUGGGGAUGCACGUGAGCAACAAACAAUAGGUGAUUAGCGUGAGUGUGAACAAAGUGCGAACACGAGCAAUGCAAAUAAAAAAAACUUAUGUGUUGGUAGUAGUGUUCGAUACACACGUAGAAGUAAUUAUAUAUUUUCUAAAACCAACUAAACCACGUACACACUUGUGCAUUCAUUCACGUAACACACACACACAUGAGCCGACACAGACAUUGUUCAAAGUCGUCAAAUAAAUACAAACCAAUCUUAUUAGUUCGUCGUUUUUGCUUGUCAUGAAAACACACAGAGAAUUUUGCAGUCUGUAUCAAACAAAUAGAAACACGCGUCAUUCUUCCAGGGGGAAUUGGGAGAGAGAAAUCCAGGGAAAAUAGGAAAGUAUUUUCCUUUAAUUUUAUUAUGUGCGCCUGCUUUGUUCGUUAGGGACACAUUUAGAUUUGUAAAUGUAUCAAAUUAGCAUGCAAUCAGAUUGUUGCGGUUGUGUGCGUGAGAAACGAUCGUACGAUUCGAUAGUGCGAGAGGGGAUGCGCUGUUUUAGUGUUAGGCAAACAAAAAAACUUAGGGGGAAAAAGAAGAAAAAAAACAAACACUUUAUGUUAGCGUGAUUGACAAACAAGAAACAGCUAUAGAAUUCACUUGUGAAAGAAAAAACAAAAUAGGCAGCCGUAUCUAUUGCUAAACAAUUAAAAAAAAGAACUGUGCUUCAAUACUAUCUAGAAAAAGAAUCCUGGUGCUUAGUGAACCAGGAUUAGCCUACAUAAGAGAUAAACAAAAAAGGAAUGAUGGACAACUGAAAAAUGAACCUAACAGAAAAAUGAAGGGUCGAAUACUAUUAAGCUGAUGCGAAGAAAAUUACACCUACACACAGAAACACUGAAACACAUACAAUUGUAGAACUCCACAACACUAGUCGAAAUAAUGAAGAGAAAAAGAGAAACAAAAAUGCGAAGUGCGAAGUAAUUUGAUCUAUUAUUUGAAAUGACCCAACGUUCUGAAUAGAUUCUCUUUUCCCGUCCCAUAAACCAAUAAAAUUUUGGGAACCAAAGUGCAAUCCGGCCAGACGAGAUGAUGUUGCUCAAUACCAACAACAAUUUUAGGACAUGUCCUCUACCAAUAAAUGCCGAUGAACCCAUUUCUGUUGAACCGAUUACUUUUUGAUUUUUUUUUUGGUCACUUGCAAAAAGGUUUCGUUCAGUCACUAUCACUAGUAAAUGUUCAUUUUCCGUUCCUUUUAGAACAGAUAACCUCAGCAAAACAUGCAAAAACAAUUAACUAUUGCACUCUACCGAGUAACCGAGCAAGCGCGGCAAGAAGGACAGCAGAGUGAGAAUACGAGGACGAGCAAAAACAAAAACAGAGAGAAUGAAGUGCGAUAAGAAGAGAGAAGAAAAGUAUCAAGGAACUGCCAGCACUGAUCGAGCAAAUUAUGUUGUACAGUAAAUAAAAAUCUUUUUUUUCUGGCGAAUAUAAUAUGGAAGAAAAAAAAUACACUUCGCUGCAUUGACAAACAAAAGCAGUGUAUGGUGAAGCUAUAAACAGCUGGUAGGGGCAGAACUGCUAGCAAAUCAAUAAACAAAAUGGAGAUGUGAAAAAUCCGAGAGUGAAGGCACGUAAAUAAUAAAUUAUUCUUUUGUAUUAUGUAAUUAUAAAAGAAAACAAACGCAAAAAGCCACACCGAUAGAGACACACAAGAAUACAUCCCUAUAGGAAAACAGUGGUGUCACAUGGAUAAGAAAUGCAAGCAACCAUAUUGCGAGGAAAAGAAUGAGUUAUUAACUAAGUAAACACUUCGAGGAAUCCGAAAAAGAAACAAAAAAUGAUACAAGGAUGAGAAAAUACUAAAAAAAAAACAAAAUAAUAAUGAAAAAAUAAAAUGUUAGUAAAACUAAAGUGUUUAAAAAGUAAUGAAAUAAUAUUAUAUAUAAUUAUUAAAAACAAAAACUAUAUAAGGAA